CCUAAUGAAUGAAUUCGUCUUCAGCAACCGCAUACCACAGCCUCUCACUCUCUGUUACUAGUAAAAAUAAAUUGAAUAAAAAUUGAAAAUCCUCACUUCUCUCAUCUCAUUCGCACGCGGUCUUUUUAUCACUCCAUACUAGAGCUCCACUUCUUAUGCACAUCUCUUUGUCUCCCUCUCUCGUUGUGUUCGUCUUGUUUUUCUCUCUCAGUCAUGGUUUUCGUCUUCACAUUUGUACAUGUUCCGCGGCUUUUACGGCCACCGUCCGCCGCUUCGUCUGGAUCGAUCCUCUUUCUACUGUUCUCUUUUGGGCGGUGUAGAUUGAACUCGUCUGGGUUGUUGCUUUUAAACUACUUCAGAUUCCGCUUCUCAAUAUAGGUUGAUUAUUGGUGGAUGAUGGUACCAAUAUAUAAGAAUAUCUGAGUUCCUUAAGAGAGAUUACAUUUUUCUCUUCCAAGAAAUUUCAUUGUCAAAAAUGACUCAUGAAGAAAAUGAACCACUUUCAAACUUGAAAACAGCAGACAAGGUGCACCACAUAGAAGUGGAGGACAAUUGCAAUAAUUCUAGUUCGAGCCAACCAAAAUUCGGAAGUAAUAAUGGAGAUGAUUAUUUGCUGAAGAAAGGGGAAAGGAUACAAGACAAGGCUGACGAAGUCUCUCGAAACAAAACUGUUGAGGAGGACUUCGUCAAACCAAUUUUAUUUCCCGGUUCUUCUCGAAUUCAAGAUGAGAGUGGCAAGCUGCCGGAUUGCACAGUGGGUCAAGUCCUCUCUUUUAUGAAGGAUGUGAAGGAAUACUUUGAAAUAGAAUGCCUGAACACUCGAGCCAACUUGUUGUCAAUGGAACGCAAGAUUGACAUUCUUGUUGCUCAGUCCAAAAAAGAAAAGGAAGACGACGUCCAAAAAACAAGAUCAAUCUCACCGCCGUUGAUCAUACCCGAGGGGCAAGAUGUUAAGCCCAUUGUGAAACCGUCUCUGUCUUUAAGACCAUUUGUAAGCAAGCUUAGGCCUUUCGGAGCUGGCACACCCGCAAUGGACGUUCUUACUGACGUGGUUGACAAUGACGAGGGUGUUAUAGACGUGACAAAUCUGAUGUCUAGCAAAUCUAACACCAAGACUACUCCAAGCAAUAGGAAAAGGGAACAAGUGAGAGCAGAAAAUAACAAGAACAACCUCAACAUCAACUUGAAUAGUGUGAAUUUGAACAACUCAACUGGAAACAUUGGAAGCAACCUCCGAAAGCAAAUUUCCCCACAAUCGAAAAAGUCUCGGCCAACAGCCACAGUUGGAGCCGGCAGAAAAUUAGCUUUUUUGCCAUCAAAUGCUAAACCUCCGAAGAUUCCAAAAGUUAACAAAAUAGCUGCGGGUGGGGAGGCAAGGAACACUGAAGAUCAUACUGCUGAAGGGAACAAAGAAAACAAAGAAAAAGAAAUAUAUUGUUUCGAUGUUACAAGGAGAAGAGCUUCUUAAGAUAGGAGACGUGACUGCAAAUAGGAAGGAUUUUGAGUCACUCUGUCCAACACAACAAAUAAGUGAGAAGAUAUUGUACUUGACUGCCUUGAAAUGUGUCCAUAAUCAGACUUUAUUGACAUGGAAAAACGUCUGGCAGCUUCC